GAGACGUCGUCGUCGAGGGACGGGCGCGCGAGGGCGGCGGAGGCGUUGAUUCGACACGACGCGGACGAUAAUCUCAUCGAUGGUUUGGACGCGCUCUUGGGCGAGGUCUCCAUCGCGUCGUCGCCCAGGGUGGAGUCUCCGGAGCGCGCCGACGGGACGUUUCGAUCGCCGUCGUUGGCGUCGUCGACGUCGCGCUCGACGAGUCAGACGAUGAUGAAUGAUUUCGACGACGUGCUCUCGUCGUCCGCGGAGGUGGAGCCGACCGUGGGGUUGGCGCGCUUCAGAUCGGCCGCUAUCGCGGAUCCACCGGAGAACGCGCGCGCGGCGCGGGAAACGACUCCGCCACCGAAACCGUCGACGACGACGCGACCGGAGGAGAUCUCGUCGACGUCGAAACUGUCGGCGAAACUCUACACCGCGUCCUCGACGGCGAGCUCGGUGGAGGAUUUGGACGAUUUCUUCAGCGCCGGAGCGGCCAAGUCGAGCGCGCCGUCGAGUCCGGCGGCGACGUCGAGCGUCGACCCCAUAGAGGCAAUGUUCACCGUUCCGAGCGCUGGAGGUUCGAGCGGCGCGUCGGUCCCUGUGAACGGUGUCGUCGAUGAUUUGUUCGGCGCGAUGGACACGCGCGCGACGUCGCAACCGACGAGCGCGUCGAGCGGCUUUGAGUACAAACCAGACGAGGACGUCGAUCCCAACGAGCCUCCGGAGCGCGCGGCGCUUCGCGCCGCUCGUCACGAGCGUAACCGUCAGCGCAUAGAGCAAGCGCUCAAGGAGAAGCGCGCGAGAGAGAGCGCGGCGAGACAAGAACAAUCCGAGAGACAAAUGCUCAAGGACCUCAUCGGAGCGGAUAUCGACGCGUGGCAAAAGAAAAACCAGAACAACAUCCGCACCAUGCUCGCCAACCUCGGCGACGUCUUGUGGGAGGGACAUCGCUACAAGGCUCCCGACAUGGCGACUUUGAUGCAGCCGAUCGGGGUGAAGAAGAGUUACCACAGGGCGCUCGUCGUCAUUCAUCCCGACAAGGUUUCGCAAGCCGGCGGCGACGCGUCUCAGCGCUACAUCGCCGACAAGGUGUUCGACAUCAUGAAGAUGGCGUACAAGGAUUUCGAGGCGAAAGAGCUCAAGUGA